AUGACAAGUAUUUGGUAUAAAAUCAUAUUUUCCUUAAUCUAUUCUUCUAAUAUUGUAUCAUGUUUAUUAAAUAAUUCAAUAUUUCUUAAUUUUGUUCAUGACAAUGUUCAUAAUUAUUCGACAGUAAAUCAAUUAUAUCGGAAUAUUUUACAAGAUGUUAAAAACCAUCGAUCUGUUGAUACGGUUUAUUCACCAAUCAAUGUAACAAAAAUUCGAACAAACGAUUAUGACGAAGACUAUUUAAGAAAUUCAUGUUAUGAGUCAGGAGCUGAUUUACUGUAUGCUCAUGGUUUUAACAAAAGCAAUGCUAAAUUAUCUAUUCAUGAUGUUCAAUCUCUUCUGCCAGCUAUUCUAUACAGCAUUGAAAAUCCAGGAUGUGAAAGAAAAUCUCUUCAAUCAAAAUCAAAUUCAUUUUUUGAUGUAUGGAUAUUGGGUUUAAUACUUGUUAUAAGCAUCAAGUUAAUUCAUAUAUUCAUAUUUUUUAUUGCUGGUGAUCAUUGUUUAUCGUUAACAUCCGUGGGAGUAUCAAAGAGCAUAUAUGAUGCACACGAUACAGGAGAUGCAGCAACUAAUGUUCGUCAUCCAUCAUUAAAAUAUCGUCUCUGGUUAGGUCUUGGUUUUAAUGCAUUUACAUGUGGUAUUAUGCUUGGAACAAUUAUUUAUCAUUUAAUUCCGCAUAUUUAUGAAAUACCAAAUGAAGAUUUUGACUAUACUUAUCUUCUUCGAGCGACUGUGGUAUUUUUUGGUGUUUAUCUGUUUUUUAUUGUCGAAAAACUACUUCGAUUUCGAUUUAAAAUCGACGAAAUAAACUCGAAUGAAACAGCUGAUGAUGCAAGUGAAUUACGAAAAUUAUCGGAUGCAUCAAUGAUUCAAAUGGCUAGAAUGCAUGGAACAUUACAUGCUACUGAAGAAAAUGGUCAGCCUCGUAGACAUUCGAGUGCACCGGCAAGAAUACCACUAAAUCCUGACAGUGAUGAUGAUGAAAUCAAUUCACAAUCAAAUCAAACUCCUCUUAAUAAUAAUAAUAAUAAUAAUAAGUCGGCAUCUCAUCAUCAUCAUCAUCAUUCCGAAAAUGAACUCCCUCAUCAAACACGCAAUCUCAUAGUAUAUCACAUAAUCAACGAUUUUUCCAAUGAUGUCAUCUACGGAUGUGUUUUAUCAACAGCCUUAGCACAUGAUCGUCUCAUUGGAUUGGUCUUGUCUCUUAUGGUUUUCAGCGAAGGAUUUCGACGUCAUUCACAGGCUAUUUCAUCAAUGGGCCGAAAACGUGGUCUUUUUUUUCUUCUUAUUUCAAUAUUUUUUCUUCUACUCGGCUAUUUAAUUGGUGGCAUUCUUGUGGAAUUUAAUCAACGAUUUGAUAAUAAUCUACGUUAUAUUCGUACGGAAUAUAUUUAUUCAAUUGUAUAUGGUGCACUCUUUUACACAGCUCUUGUAACCUUGAUUCCGGAGCUGAAUGAUUUUGGUCACCAUUUACAAAUAAUUCUCAAACAAACAAAUCAAACAUCAAAACAACGGCGUUUAAUAAAAACACUUAUUCUCAUAUGUCAAAAUCUUUUUCUUAUUAUCGGUGUUAUAAUUGCCUUAGUCUUAGCAUCAGUUUGGCGUUAUUAUCAUCGUAUACGCAUUUAUGAUUAUGUCUGUAAUCGAGAUUCGUCUCGAGCAUUUUGCCAUCAUCAGUAA